AUUUUUCUGCAGGGUUUUGAACCCAAACAAACACCAAGAUGUCGGGGAAAAAAGUGUCAUCAAGUCGUAAGCAUCAGCUGAAGAGUUUGAUGCUAUCCAUCGCUAAAGGUAUACUGGAGGAGGAAGAAAGAGAGCGAGAGGAGGCAAAGAGGAGGUACAUAGCUGAGACCUGUCCUCCUGUGUCCAUGCCCAGGACCAUGCAGGAGCUGCAGGAUCUGUGCAAGGAGAUCCACCGCAAGAUCGACGGGAUCGAUGAGGAGCGAUACGACCUGGAGAUGAAAGUCAACAAAGCCAACAAAGAGAUCGAUGACCUGAAGAUUAAAGUCCAGGACCUGAUGGGCAAGUUUAAGAAGCCUGUGCUGAAGAAAGUACGCAUGUCUGCAGACGCCAUGCUGAAAGCUCUGCUAGGCUCCAAACACACAGUUAACCUGGACCUGAGAGCCAACCUGAAGCAGGUUAAGAAGGAGGUGAAGGACGAGGACAAAGAGCUCCGUGAUGUCGGCGACUGGCGCAAAAACAUUGAAGACAAAUCCGGCAUGGAUGGGAGGAAGAAGAUGUUUGAGGCUGAGGCCUAAAAAAUGCUUUUUAGUUUCUGUUUGUCACUGACGGGCUUAAUGUGACGAUUAG